AAAUAUUUUAUUAUUUUUUGAAGAAUUUAAUUCUAUUGUAAUUUGUAUUAGAGUAAUAUACGAACCGUUCUCCGGCGGCGAAGUAAAGAACAAAGAAUAAAAUGAAUGAAUAGAGCAACAAAACAAACAGUGUUGUAGUAGUUGUAUUAUUAGAGAGGGAGGAAUUGAUUUUGCUUAGGUGGACCGCAUCAGCUACUACUAAUCAAUUCAAUUCAACAUUGCAAUCUGUAACUGUAACCGUAACUGUAACUGAAUCAAAUCAAUCAGAAGGGAAAGCAUUCAUCGAUUCCAAAUAGAGAGGAUGGGUCACGAACACUCCAAAUUCUCCUCUUCGCCGGAAGAUUCAUCAUCAUCAGUACGGAAAGGAUCUCGUCUUGCUCGUUUCAAAAACCGUCUUCACUUUCGCCGUAAAACUACUAACGCAUCUCCUUCCACUCACAAACUUCUCUCCGCCGGUAAUUUCACCGGUAUCGCUCUCUUCGCCCUCCUCCGCGCGGAGAUGCAAUUCAAGGAUAAAUGGAUUGCGUGUCUUUCCCUUGGAGAACAAACUUUUCGUACCAAGUCUUCUCAACAAACAGAUAAACCUGUUUGGAAUUCUGAAAAGAAACUUCUUUUGGAACAGAACGGGCCUCAUAUUGCAAGAGUUUCUGUCUUUGAGACCAACAAACUGUCCAGCAAUACUCUUGUUGGAUACUGUGAGAUUGAUCUGCUUGAAUUUCUGACCCAGGAUUCUGAUUCUGACAUUGAAACAUUCAACCUUUUAGAUCCAUCAGUUCCUGGAAAAGUGGUUGGCAACAUUUCCAUUUCAUGCUCUGUAGAGGAUCCAAUUGAAACAGAAAAGGGCUUUGUUAGACGUAUUUUAUCCAUCGUGGACUACAAUGAAGAUGGGAUGCUUUCAUUUUCUGAAUUUUCUGAUCUGAUUGAUGCUUUUGGCAAUCAAUUAGCAACAAACAAGAAAGAGGAGCUGUUCAAAGCAGCUGACAAGAAUGGAGAUGGUGUUGUGAGCAUGGAUGAACUGGCUUCCCUGCUUGCUUUUCAACAAGAAAAGGAACCACUGUUGAAUUGCUGCCCGGUUUGUGGUGAGGUUCUUCAGAUUUCUGACCAGUUGAACAGUAUGAUCCACUUAACUCUUUGUUUUGACGAAGGGACCGGAAACCAGGUGAUGGCUGGAGGAUUCUUGACAGAUAAGCAGGCUUCAUAUGGCUGGUUCUUCAAACUGAGUGAAUGGGCCCAUGUCUCAUCCUAUGAUGUUGGUAUUCGAUCUGGAUCAAGUUCUUCCCAUAUUCUGGUAUAUGAUCGGAAGGCUCAAAGGCUCGUCGAAGAACAAAUUGACAAAAAGAUUGUUUUGUCAAUGAGAGCUAUUUAUCAGUCAAAAAUAGGUCUUGGUCUAAUGGACAUAGGGGUGAAGGAGCUCCUGCAAAACAUUUCUGAAAAGCAGGGAGCAAAAAUGGAUUCACUUGAAUCGGCUGCUGAUAUACCAAAAUUCAUUGAAUCUUAUAAGGGUCAAAUCAAUUUGGCAGAAGUGAAGUAUCCACUGGAACACUUUAAGACAUUCAAUGAAUUUUUCAUUAGAGAGUUAAAACCUGGUUCAAGACCAAUUGCUUCUGCUGAACAUGACAACAUUGCUGUAUGUGGUGCUGAUUGUCGUCUAAUGGCAUUUAAAUCAGUUGAUGAUAGUUCAAGAUUUUGGAUUAAGGGUCGAAAGUUUUCAGUUCAAGGCCUUCUGGGGAAAGAAAUGUGUUCCAGUGCUUUUGCUGAUGGAACACUUGUGAUUUUCCGUCUGGCACCACAGGAUUAUCACCGUUUCCAUUUGCCAGUAUCCGGAACUGUUGAGCAAUUUGUUAAUAUCCCCGGAUGCCUGUUUACUGUCAAUCCCAUUGCUGUAAAUAGCAAGUACUGUAAUGUCUUCACAGAGAAUAAGCGAGUUGUUUCAAUAAUUUCAACUGUAGAUUUUGGAAAGGUGGCAUUUGUUGCAAUAGGAGCUACAAUGGUUGGUAGCAUUAAUUUCACAAAGAAAAAGGGCGACUGUGUCAAGAAGGGAGAUGAGUUUGGAUAUUUCUCUUUUGGUGGAAGCACUGUAAUUUGUGUUUUUGAAAAGGAUUCAAUUGCAAUUGAUGAAGACCUGCUAUCAAAUAGCACCAGAUCACUGGAGACUUUGGUUACUGUGGGGAUGAGAUUGGGUGUCUCCACCAGGAAAUUGUCUUGACAGCUAAGAUUGGGUUCACUAACUUAGAAAUGUUAAUAGUGUUCUGUACUGUGUAGUUGUAUAAUGUGAAUCAUGGCACCGUUGGUUAUUGAAUUCAGAUGUUUCCCCCAAUUUGUAAACUUUUUAAUCACAUUUGAUGUACUUUCUCCGAUGUUAAAUAUAAACAAAAGUUAAAAUUUGUUUAGUUGAAA